AUGAAUCUCCACGCCGAAAUUCAAUCCCGCACGUGCGAGACUUGCGGCAAGGUGUUCACCAAAGCCAAAGCUAUGAAGAUGCACGCGAGGCUGCAUACGGGAGAAAAGUUGCUGACUUGCGAGUUCUGCCAGAAGCAGUUCGUCUUCAGCAGGGCCCUUGCGGACCACAGGAGGGUGCAUACGGGCGAGAAGCCCUUCACCUGCAACCACUGCAGCAAGUCGUUUGCCAUCUCUACGCAGCUCACGAGGCACAUGAGGAUGCACACGGGAGAGAAGCCGUAUUCCUGCGAGCACUGCGAGAAGAAGUUCGGCCAUCUGAGCGGCUUGAAGGAGCACACGAGGUACCACACCGGAGAGCGGCCAUAUACCUGCCCGUGCUGCAGCAAGACUUUCAAGACAGCCCUUCUCCCGAUCGAGAAGCGAAGCCAAACUCUGCAAGCAAGGAGUUUCAUUGUGAAUACUGUGGACAACUAUUCGUCGAAGAAGCAGAGCUCAAGUCACAUGAGGCGCUUCAUUCCGAAGCGAAAACAUUCUCUUGUGAACGUUGUGGACAAAUGUUCGUCGAAGAAGCAGAUCUCAAGUCACAUGAGGCGCUUCAUUCCGAAGCGAAAACAUUCUCUUGUGAACGUUGUGGACAAAUGUUCGUCGAAGAAGCAGAGCUCAAGUCACAUGAGGCGCUUCAUUCCGAAGCGAAAACAUUCUCUUGUGAACGUUGUGGACAUAUGUUCGUCGAAGAAGCAGAGCUCAAGUCACACUUGA